AUGGAUGAAAGAAAAAAUGCCCUCAGUGCAGCAGUUAGACAUCGUUUAGAAGUUUUUAUGGAGCUUCUGCAAAAAGGCUUUUUCGAAAAUCACUCUGUUCAAAUGGACAACAGUGGGAAUCUCAUAAAACUUAUGGAUGCUGUUGUUAUUAAAUUAGAAGGUGGAUCCGAUGAAGAUUUAAAAAUAUUGGAUGAGGUAGAUCGUGCCAAAUACUCUGAGGAAGAGUUACAUCGAUCAUCUCAGACUUCAGGACCAAUCUGUUGCGAUAAUAAAAACAAAGGCAGACAUCAUUUGACUACAUAUCAUUUUUAUGAUAUGCUGUUACGCUAUCAUUUCAUUAGCUUGGAUUUCACUGUUGUCCAUUUGAACAGAGUGAUUUUCGAAAAAGCCUUUUUGCAGAAGCUCCAUAAAAACUUCUGA